UACCAGUUUCCAUAGGUUAAAUUAACGUUAACGUAAGUUAGUGCAGAUAAACAUUUACAUGCACACUGACUUUUAAUAUAGCGCGAUAGACCCCGUUACUCUGAAUGUAAACAUGUCCUCACACUACGCAUGCGCACUGAUUCAAACGCACUCCUAUGUUGGGACAUUGUGCAGAUUCAAGCCUGAAAAUGGGGGACAAACAACAAUAAAAGUAUAGGUCUGCAGACAUAUCAACUCUAUAGUAGCCAUGGUUCAUAGGGUAGAGGUUUCUCUUCGCCAUGAAUAUGCGACCUGAAUGCUUUUCUAAAGUGGGAUUGUACUCAAACAACUGUGACUUCAGCCCAUCCCAAACGAGACACCCAGUUAGUGUCCGAAAAGAGCUCAGUGAUUCUCUUGGUGACACUCCAGACAGCAACAGACAACAUCUGAUCUUGGACAAGACUUUUGGUGGGAAAGCUGAACGGACUUCAUUGCCUUUAAAGCCUGGCAGAGAGUUGGCUGUGGCUUCAGAGGCUGGCUCUGUGGGCACAGAAACACUGUCAUCUCAAGCUAAACAAAUGGGGGGUGAAGGCACCCCUGUAAAAAGUAAAACUCCUCUUGGACAGACCAACACCAUUGAUAACAAGCCAGAGUUUGUAUCCAUGAAUUCACAUAGUAAUUCUAGAGACCCUGUGGGUGAGAAAAGUGCCAAAGGGUUAGAGACCAUGGGGGCGUCACAUGAACACUCGGAGGGUAAAAAGACAAAUUUGAGGAAGAUCACGGGUCAUCCUCACGCACAAGCCACCUGCCUUAAACAACUGCUUUUGCUUCAGCUGGACUUAAUAGAGCAGCAACAGCAACAGCUGCAGUCUAAGGACAAGGAAAUAGAUGAACUCAAAUCAGACAGAGAUACGUUGCUUGCCCGAAUUGAGCGGAUGGAGCGCCGUUUGCAGUUGUUAAGCAAGGAACCACGUGACAAGAGGCUCUUCCAGCCAUUAGAGAGAUGGGUCCCUGACACGGAUGACUUUUGGGAAUCAGAUUUGGGGGACAGCCCUCAAACUCAGACAUCCAAGUCAGGUGGCAAAGUGCAAAAGAGGAAGAUGAACAUGUUAGAAACAAAGAUGCAGAGGUCAAGGGGUAAGUCCUCAAGAAUGACCCCCCAAAAAUCAGAUACAGGAGGGACGUCGCCAUGUCAGCAUGACCUGCGAAGCAAAGAGACCCCAGAGAAGACGAACGUUGUGAAAUCAUCCGGACAGACUGACCUGCAUCCAGAGGGAGAAGACAGCAGAGAAACCGAAGAGCUUCCGUACAUGACAACAACCGAGAUGUACCUAUGCUGCUGGCAGCAACCUCCAGCCUCUCCGUUACAGGAAGAGUGUCCAAAGAAAGAAGAGGAUGUUGCAAUCCCAUCAUGGAGAGAAAACAUCAUGGAACCCCUCCAGGAGGAGGAUGCAGUUGACAUCCCCGAAAAUCUUGAUGACGGUGUUUUUCUGAAACGGCACGCAAAGUUAGAACUGGAUGAGAAGAGACGAAAAAGAUGGGACAUUCAGAGAAUUCGUGAACAGCGUAUGCUGCAAAGACUCCAGCAGCGCAUGGAGAAGAAAAAAACGAAUGUUCAGGAGAGUGAGCCAGAAGUGUCCUCGUUUCAUCCCGAUUUGGACAGUGUGGAGGCAAUCCUAGUCACACCCUUUCUGCCAGUGGUGGCGUUUGGUCGGCCUCUGCCUAAUUUACCUGCACAGAACUUUGAGUUGCCCUGGCUUGAUGAAAGAAGUCGAUGUCGCAUUGAAAACCAGAAGAAACAAACUCCCCACAGGACCUGUCGGAAAUAAGUCGCACCUGUUCUGGGCGUGUGUCCGAGUUGAAUGCCACACAGAGGAGUGCUACUUCAUGUCCUGUGGUAGAACAUGGGAUUAAAAGUGGCAAAGCACUGUUUGAUCAGUCUGUUUGGGCGAGAAGGAAAUGGCAGCAUUACAGCUGAGUUUUCGUUUUACUGUGCCCCGAUAAUAAAGCAACAACUGCCCGGUUAACUGCUAUUUUAGUUCCCUCACAAUCAGUGUGGUGUGGCCUUGAUUUAAUUCUUUACUUGUAGUCCUGUUCUGUGUAUUUUCACUGAGCUUAAGUGAUAUUGAUUAUUGCAGGCUCCACUGCAAAUACUGUUUUAAUGUGCACUAAACUGUGGUUAUGGAGUAUUGCUGCACAUUUGCAUGUAAUUGUGUUCAGAAUGACUUUAAAGAGUUUUUGUUUUUGAAAAUGUAAUUGUGCAUGAAUGUCUUGAUAAAUCCUCUGCCUCAAUGUACAUAUUUUUGUAAGCUUAGCAUAGUCGUUUAGAGAAAAAAUAUUUGCAGGAUUAGAGUGAGGAUGCUAAAAUGUUUAAAUGAAUGACCCGUUGUAAAAGAGUAGCAAGAAUUUGUUUGUAUGGUAUUUUAGGGUUCUCUGAAGCUGUUCAGCAUCCCAUACAGGUUUAAGGAUAAUGCCCUUAACGUUAUUUUUGGAUCGAUUAGUUGGUCUGUUGUUUUUUGUUUUUUUUGAUGUACCCCAAUAUUCUUAUUAAAAGUACAAUUUUUACACCACCAUUUUCUUUAAACCUAAUCCAUGUCCAAAAGUGUUGCUUGUCUUUAUGAAUUUUGCAUAAAUUCUGUGCCUCAUGGGAUUCAUGGGAUUUCCAGACCUUUGUAAUGUAUUUCCUAAAGAUAUUCAAUUCUUGUUCCAACUGAUAAGUGGUAAUUUUCUUUUUUUUGUGUAAAUGUGUUGAUUUUGUGAACACCACACAUCAAGUUUUUUUUUUUUUUUGUGAACGUGUACAACUGGACCGAUGUAAAUAGCUUUACUGACACACAUUGGCUGUAAAUAAGGAAAAUGUUGCUGUUAUUUUUUUAUUUAAUGUCAGAAACGUUGUAUGUCCAGCAUAGAUAUUAUAUUGAUAGCAUUAUUUACAAAAUAAGAAUUUUUGUUUUUCAAAAAAAAUAAAAUAAAAAAAUAGAUAAAA